AUGUCUGUAACUAAACUGGAGGAUGGUGUUUUAUCAUGUAGGAACUGGUCAUCUGAUACAGAGCUGAAUGGAACUCAAGAGCCCUCUGGAAAUCCCUCUGCAGACUAUGAGGAGGAGGAAUUUCUGCAAUAUCUUUGGAGGGAAUAUUUGCACCCCAAAGAAUAUGAAUGGGUUCUGAUUGCUGGAUAUAUUAUUGUAUUUCUUUUGGCCCUUGUAGGGAACAUCCUGGUUUGUGUUGCAGUGUGGAAAAAUCAUCACAUGAGGACUGUUACCAAUUACUUCAUAGUCAACCUCUCCCUGGCUGAUGUCCUCGUCACCAUUACUUGUCUUCCAGCAACUUUAGUAGUAGACAUCACAGAGACAUGGUUCCUUGGGGACAGCCUCUGCAAGGUGAUCCCUUAUUUACAGACUGUGUCUGUCUCAGUUUCAGUACUAACUCUCAGCUGCAUCGCGCUGGAUCGAUGGUAUGCAAUUUGUCACCCUUUGAUGUUCAAAAGCACAGCCAGGCGGGCAAGGAACAGCAUUAUCAUUAUCUGGAUUGCAUCCUGCGUUAUAAUGAUCCCCCAGGCUAUUGUCAUGGAGUGCAGCAGCGUGUUCCCGGGAUUAGCCAACAAAACCGUCUUAUUCACUGUUUGUGAUGAGCAUUGGGGAGCUGAAGUCUACCCCAAAAUGUAUCACACAUGUUUUUUCCUGAUAACAUAUAUGGCCCCGCUGUGUCUUAUGGUAUUGGCUUAUUUACAGAUAUUUCAAAAGCUCUGGUGCAGACAGAUCCCAGGAACUUCCUCCAUUGUCCAGAGAAAAUGGAAGCCUCUGCGGCCUACAGCACAGGCCCGAGGCCUGAGGCCAUCAGCAAAACUGAGGGUUGGUGCCAUGGCAGCUGAAAUCAAACAGGUUCGAACAAGGAGGAAAACAGCACGGAUGCUCAUGGUUGUUCUCCUUGUUUUUGCUCUUUGCUAUCUCCCAGUUAGCAUCCUCAAUGUAUUAAAAAGGGUAUUUGGGAUGUUUAACAAUGUCAGCGACAGAGAAACUGUAUAUGCCUGGUUUACGUUCUCUCACUGGCUUGUAUAUGCAAAUAGUGCCGCAAACCCCAUUAUUUAUAACUUUCUCAGUGGAAAAUUCAGAGAAGAAUUUAAAGCAGCCUUUUCCUGCUGCUGCUGCUUUGGCAUUAGACAUUCCCAAAAUGAGCGACUCCGAGGACGGACAAGCACAGGAAGUCGAAAAUCCUUGACAAUCCAAAUCAGCCACUUUGAUCAUGCAACAAAGUUGUCAGAGCAUGUUGCACUGACCAAUAUUAGCCAGCUACCAACACAUGACACUGGACCUAUUCACAGCUGGUAG